AUGCAGUGGCGACAGCAAACAUUCUGGACACAAACAGCCGAUGGAGAUGAAGGUGGUAAGCAUCAGCUGAUCACAGCAACCGUGAAUGGAGGGAAGCUUUAUAUCUGCAAAGCACAAGCUGGAGACGAGAGGUGGUUCAAGGGAGCCAAUAAAUUUGUCGAGAAAGCAGCCACUUCUUUCAGUGUUGCUUAA